GCAACUCUUUCAUUUUGUUUAUGUUGGAUUCUCUUUUUUCUAUUUCUUUGCAUUAUUUUUUGCGUGAAAAAAUUGUCCUGCAUUACAAUUCCUAGUGUAAAUUGUUGAAAAAAUGUCAGUUUUUCACACGGAUAUAGAUUUUGACAGUAAAUUAAUUGACUUGGUGCGGGCAAAUCCCAUACUAUACGAAAAGGAUUUGAGAACUACGCCGUAUAUGGACAUGAAAAAGAAAUUUGAGCUGUGGAGCCAUAUAGCCACGUCCUUGAAUCGAGACACCAAAUACUGCAUUUUAAGAUGGAAAAGUUUGCGCGCAAAAUACAGACGAGAAAUGGUUAAAUUGGGCAAAGAGUCCGAUUGGGUUUUAUUUGACGAAAUGAAGUUCAUAGAAAGACAUAUUAGAUACCAAUCAACUCAACGUAAUCUAAAAAGUCCGGAACAUCAAACAGUUCCAGUUAAUUACAGUAACAUGGAUGCUGAACAACUUAUAGAAGAAGUUUUAGAUGAUGAUCCCUUGCAGGAGGCAAUGGAUGAACAAAAUAGCACUUUUACGCCCUUCAAAGACAAAACUAUAAACUCUCCUCCUGCUAGUAUGGAUGCCAAUAAACCCAGCACUAGUAGUCAAUAUAUAGGUACUAUGAAACGAAUUGAGGCCUUGUUAGAGGGCUUAGGUGACCAUAAUCGUUCUAAAGCGGAAAAACGUAUUGUGGCCUAUUUGUGCAAAUGCCAAUUGAAAUCAUUAAAUAACGAAGAUGUGGACGAUAUUGACAUUUAAGUGGAAUAAAAUAAAUAAGCAAUGUUUUAAGGUAAAAACAA